CGCCCUCGUAGCGCGGCUCCUGCAUCCCCGCCCUGCUGCAUCCCGCGGGACGGGGGGAAUGUAACCGGCCGCAGGGUCGCACUUUUCUGUCCAUGUUUGUUGCGGAAGCAAACAGGCAUUUCCUCGUUGUAUUUUUUCAUAUAAACCUCUCAAAAAAAAAUAAUCUGCAAGGCUUUAACACAUCUGUGAAGGCUGCUUCAGUGUUUUUAAACAUUGUGGACAUUUAAACCUUUCCUUCUCAGCAUCCUGGAAGGGACACCCGGGGAGCUGGGUAGAUUGUUUUCCCCCGAGUUUCCAGGUGCGUCCCACUGUCUCGUAGCCUGGCUCAGGUGUGCAAACACACGGUUUGACCGAGGCAGCGGCUGCCUGGUGUGUCGAAGUCUCUUGGUUUCGGGACACUUUAGAGCACUCAGCGGCUCUUUUGCCCAUAACAAAAUGUCCAUGGGAACCUGUCCCAUGGACAAACUCACCCUUUCUGUGAAAUUUGGGUGCCCGCCUCGUGCCCUUCCUCCAGUGCCAAGUGGAAGCCAAGAUGAAAUUCCACUCAGUCGUCCCAAAAAAAGGAAACCCAAAGGAAAGACUCCAUUAGAUGGCAUUGUGCAAGCAGCGGUUCGUCGGCAGUCUGAAAGCAGCGAGCCCCUGACCCCUGAGCCCCCUGAUGCCCCUCCUCAGAGGAAGCGCAAGAAGAAGAAAGUACCUACUGAUUCUGAGACCUCUUUUACCCAGCAGAACGUGGCGUCCCUAUUUCAGAAUGGAAAUGGCAUGGAUGUCCCUGAAGCUGAAGAAACGGUGAUCCGCAAACAGAGAAAAAGAACAAAGAAACCUCGGCCAACCGAAGUGAGCUCCAACGAGCUGGAAGUGGAGGAGGAAGACAUCAUUGAAGAUGAGCACAGGAAGAGCCCAGAUCAGCAGCCUGUGUUUGCUGCUCCCACUGGAAUUAGUCAGCCUGUUAGCAAAGUGUUUGUUGAAAAAAAUCGGCGUUUUCAUGCAGCUGACCGUGCAGAAUUGAUUAAAACCACUGAAAAUAUCAAUGUGCUUUUGGACGUGAAGGCUUCGUGGACUACUAGAGAUGUUGCCCUCUCAGUGCACCGAAGUUUCAGGGUGUUGGGCCUCUUCACCCAUGGCUUCCUUGCUGGUUAUGCUGUAUGGAACAUCGUGGUUAUCUACAUUCUGGCAGGAAAUGAGCUUUCCAUGGUUUCUAACCUGCUUGAGCAGUAUAAGACAAUAGCAUACCCAGCUCAAAGUUUGUUCUAUUUUUUGCUGUCUAUCAGUACAGUCUCAGCCUUUGACAGGAUUGAUCUGGCAAAAGCAUCAGUUGCACUGAGGGGCUUUCUGACCCUAGACCCAGCAGCACUAGCUUCUUUCUUAUACUUUGCUGCUCUUAUCUUAUCAUUAAGCCAGCAGAUGACGUGUGACAGAAUCCACCUCUACACACCAGCUUCGGAAAACGGCAGUAUCUGGACUGCAGGUACAGAGACAGAAAUUGUUCAUUCGUGGGUUGUGGUGAAUCUCGUAGUGUCUGUUCUGGUUGGGACAAGUUGGAUCUUCUUAAGCUCCCGACCAGAGCUAGACCACAGUGAAGAAUUGAUGUUUCAUUCUGAAAUUGAGGAAUUUCCUCACGGAGAUGUCAUACCCAGAGUCCAGCCAUAAGUGUGGAACAAGAAUCUGCAUAUAUUGUAGCUGUGACUGAUGGCUCAACAUGUUGUGUAUUAUAGCUAUGUAUUAUAAUUUUCAUAAAGAAAAAAAUGUAUUUUUAUAUUGUAUAUAUUUCAUGUUGAACUUUUUAUGUAUGUUACAGUUUCCAAAUGUGAUUGAAAACUUUUAUACUUUUGCUUUUUAUUUUACAAAGUAGAUUAUCCCUAGUGCAUAAAGUCAAGGUGGUUUUGUAAGUACUGCUACCUACAUAGCCAAAGACACUAGAGGGAUGCAGAUCAGGUGUUCAGUGCUUUUUUGACUGCUCUACACUCUUCAACAACCUGCUCUUGGUACUAAUGCAAACAGCAGUUAGCUUAUCUGAUUUGGUUAAACAUUUUCUAGAGAUUAAAAAAAAAUCUUACAACAAAAGUAGCCUAAGUAGCAAAAGUAGCCAAAUUUAUAACAAAACAGAGUUAGGAAACAUAAACCCCACCAAGUUAGUAAUCUUAAAAUAAUCUACAUUUAUUUGUCAUAAAAUAUUUUUCUAGAAGAAAAGAUUAAAUUGACAGGGAUUUUUUAAAAUAAUCUAUAAAAGAGGAUUAUUAAAAUUCACUUUUUUAAUCUUCAUUUAGUUCUCUUGACAAAAAUCUUGAUGAUUACAAGUUCUUAUAGGCUGAUGUAGAUAAAAGACAAAGAAGUUUUAAUGUUGCAACAGUUUGGUCAGUUAAAUGCAUCUUCUCAUCAAACAGGGUGUUUUUGUGUUGCCAACAGGAUGUGUCCAUGUCCUGUAAUUUCUCAACAGUCAGGAAGUGUAACUAUUCCAAAGCCACUCACAAGAAUAGUGUUCUGAUUUCUCCUUAUCUGGUGUGACAAGAGCAAUCCUUUUAUUCACUGCUCUUUAUAAACAAACUUGGAUUUCAUAGAUGUUAAAAGUGUUCCUACCUAUUUUGCCAAAUUGUUGUUUUGUGUUAGCAUAGAAUGGGAAAUUUCUUCCUAAAAUGACAAGAAAAUGCUUAUUAAAUCAACCCAAAAAGUUUGCAGCAACCCACCUUCUGUGCAGUGACGCAGCUGUAAUUGUGGCAGGCAAUGGGUUUUGCUGACGAGAUUCAUCCUUUAAUAUGAAAGUGGCAAAAUGAAAGCAUUGCAGAUGUGAGUAAAUACAGAAACACUGCAGGAAGAAACAGUCUCCUUAGUAAACACAGAUGAGGUCUAGUUUGAAAACCAUUUAUCAAGAAAAUAUCACCUAAAGCCCAAAACUUUUUUGUAUGUGUUACUUAUAUAUUGAUUUUGCCUUGUUUAAUUUAAUAUGUGUGUCUGUGGGUGGCUGUAAAAGGGGUGCACUUGUCAAAGUUCACUGAACUUCUUUAGUAGUGAAGCUAGGAGUAGCCAGAUAAGACUUGAAAGGAAAUGUCAAAGAGCUUUCAAUGCUUUCUGUGCUAACUCUGUGCUGUUACCUGAGUUGCUUCAAAGCAAACAUGGGAAUGUGUAUAACUGGGGCUGUUGCUGCCCUGUUGAGGACUUGUGUUCUCGUGUCCAUUCAGCAAAUUUAAGUUAUUCAAAAAUUCAGUGUUUGUGGCACCUUUUAAAUGCUGUGGUAGUCUUGGCAGGGAGGAAAAAGACAUCUAUGAGAAUUAAAAGAUGUUCCACAGCUGUUGGCUGCAUUCUGAGGCAUUCAGUUUGCUGUAGGAAGGAGCCCUUAGCCUCUUUUGUAAACUGUUGUGGCUCUUGUGUCUGUAUUUUUGUAAAACUAGAGUUAAAUUAUGGCUGGCACUGCACUGUACAUUAAAAUGGAGAGAUUCAGGGUGCUGCUCUGCUUCAGUUGUGCACCUGAUGUUCUUGCUGAUUUAUUUGGCUGCAGGAGAGGAGGGAUGAGACAGGAAGUGUUCCUGUGUAGUUUGUCACCACACUUUCUGCUGAUGUGUAUUUGCUUGCAGAGUCACUUCCCUCCUGAAGGUGAGAUUAUUAAUGGCAUGGCUGCAUGAUUUUUCUUUCAUGUUGGGAUGGUCAGAAGUAAAAUUUUGCCCAUAAAAUAUGGAGCUCAGCAGAAGUGUGCUAAGCAUGACAUCAGUACAGGAAAAGCUUGGAUAACAUCAGUGCUUGAUUUCUGACAUUACCACUAGGAAUUGGCCUUCCAACUGUCCCUUAGACAAAGUGAUGCCAGCCAAGAGCCAGAUUCAUUCUUAUGGUGAAAUAUAGUCAUUUUUACAUGGUUGAGCAGGGAUUGAAUUAAUGAACUUAAUGUAAUCAGUAUUUCAAGCCAGGCUUGCCUUUCCGUGUAUAUUUUUGGAGGGUCUAUGCAUAUCCAUAUUUAAAUUAAUGAGUUUUGAGGUUGCCACAUAAAAAGCACAAGAAACAGUUUGAUGGCUAAUUAUCUAUUUUACAAAAUACUUUUCAUUCCAUUAAGCCUCACAGUGGAAUAUGAGUUUAAAUGAGCUUUUCUUUUAGUUUCUUGUAAAAUUUUAGAAUAAGUUUACAAAAUAAUUGUUUAAUUCUAGAACACACAAUAUUUGUAGAAGCCUUAACUGAAAUGCCUUUGUGCAUUUCCAUAUCAUUGUUUUUAAUGCAUUUGUGUUAAUGAAAAGAAGUUUUCAGAUAUGUUGGUGCCAAGUUCUUGUUUUUAAAUAUAUGAAACAUAUAUUAAACAAUUGCUGUAAACUAGUUAGAAA